GCUGCAGACAUGCAGACACACUGAAAUUAUUUAGGCAGGGGGUCCUCGGCUGCAGAUUUAGAACCUCUAGCCUCCAUGCUUCAGUCACAGCCCUGUUUUGGACACUUAACGGAGGUUUUCUCUGACACAACAGGCGGGCAGCGGAGAGCCGUGGAUGGACAGAUUCAAAGAGAGAAAUGAGGAGAGAGAUGAGAGGGAAGCAAAAAAAAAAGUGCGCUGACUAGCUCAACAGACUGUCAGGGGAGCAAAGUUGGCUGUUUCUUUCUCUUAAUCCUUAAAUCUUCUGUAAUCGGGAUGAGGCGGAGAGAGCAUGUUAGGACAGCAGAGACUAUGUUGGGACCUGGCCGGAUUGCAGGCUGACGAGGCAUCCUAACUGGCCAGCGGGAGCGAUGGAGGGAGGGGGACGGCGUCCAGCUGGAGACCGUUUGGAAACGUAAACUUUCCAGUUUCCAACAAGAGUCAACGAGAAGAAGGGAAGUGCAAUUAAUGAGGAUGGUUAAACCACAGGGAGCCAUUUAAAAAGAAAAGAAAGAGAAGAGGACUCAUCCAAGGAUUGUUUUAAGAUGUAGAUGGUGAGCAGCCGACCCGACAACUGGGUGUGAACCCAGGCCGAAGGGUGACCGAUGGCCUCUGCAAGGUAUGACCCCCACCUGGGCGAGGGCCCGUCUGACGACUCGGAGAUCCUCCUGGAUGAUUCUGACUCGGGGAGUUUGCUCUCUGACGACUCGGUGCUUCCUGACUAUGAAAGGGAUGAAAAGCACACGGAGCCGGCUAAAACGUUGUACGAGGCCUGCGCCAGGAAUGAGCCCGCCUCCCUGCGCAGGAUCAUGGAGAGAGGGGUUACUAAAGAAGAGGCCAAUGACCUGGACAUCAAUGGCAGGAAUGGACUGAUGUUGGCUGUGUGCAAGGGAUUCAUAGACAUUGUCACCCUGCUGCACGUGUGUCCAUUAAUAGACAUCAACCACCAGGACAAUGAUGGCAACACGGCCCUCAUGAUUGCCGCUCAGGCAGGUUAUGUCACUAUUUUAAACUACAUCCUUAACUUCUACUCUGGUGUGGAUACGGAAGUCAGAGAUCCCCGUGGCUUCACAGCUCUCAUAAAGGCAGGCCUACAGAGCCGAGAGGAGUGUGUAUCCGCCCUGCUAAUGCAUGGUGCAGAUAUGAAUGCGAUGGAUCUGGUCCAUGGGAGAGGUCUAAAGGACUGGGUCCUUAGGACAGGAGGCUUUGACACCCUUCACAGAAUCCGCCGCCUGCAGGCUCAGUCUGUCGCUGAGCAGUUCUGUGACAGCUACAUUCCAGAGUGGCCUGAGCUGAGGCAACUGGUGGCAAAGGCCACAGCCGUCAAAACGACCGGUCAAAAGCUGAGAGAGUGCAUUAAAGACAGUCUUUCGUUCAGCUUCCCGCACGACCCCCAAGACAAUGGGGUCUUGGACCAUAUGGUGCGGAUGACCACGGGCAUCCACAGCCCCCUGAUAGCCACCGGUUGCCGGCCACUCUGCCCCUCGAGCCCUCCGGAGAUUGGCAAGCCGCGGUUUUCCGUCCCCGAACUGCUUGAAAAGCACAGCAGCAUCAGGUUGGAGGAGAACGUUGUGUCCCACAGUAAAGGUUGCAUCACCACCUCGUUUUCCCAGGCGGACGUGUCGGCAACCUCUGUGUCUCUGACCUCGUGCUGCCAGGACUCGGAGCGCAGCGAAAGCAUGGCCCCGGGAGGCAUCAGGAGCUUCAUUCCCUGCAGCGCGGCCCACAGGAACAGCGUCUUCCCCUCAGGAUGUAUUCCCAAGAUUGAAAUAACCAAAUCUGGGGAGCCAACUCCAAAGAAGGAGAAAAAGAAGAAAAGGCAGAAGGGUUACCUGGAGCCUCCAAUCUGGAAGUACAAAGAGGCUAAGGAGGAGAAAAAGAGAGAGAAGAAGAAGCAGGAAAAAGAACAGGGUUCCAAACGUUCAACAGGCCAAAAUUGAAGCAUUAAUGCAUGAGGAACGGGCAAAUGGGAGAAACUAGGAGGAAAUGGCAAAACCAUUAUGCAAUUAACAAUUGAUGAAUUUGAACUGAAAAUAGUGAACCAAAUAUUCUCUGGUUUUGGAGACAUACUCCAUAACUGUUUCCUUGACUAUUUGUAAAUUAACUGCUAAGACCUGCAAUGACAAAUUCGUUUUGAAGAACCCAUAUGUGAGUAUUUUACAAAUCGGGGGUUUUCUGACUGACGGUGUUUAACUGCACGACGACCAAAACAAAUAGCAUAUACUUUUCGUGCAGUUCACUGGAGCAAUGGCCUUAAGCGAGUUCAAGACACCUACAAACUAUGUGCUUUGCUCGGCUACGCCGCGGCCUCCAAGGGACAGUGGUUGCUUGAAUAGGAAUAUCUGUUAAGAUUCAUGAAGCAUGGUUCUUUUUUGUCUGCGCAACAAGAAAUGUUUCAGGAAACAGGAAAGGAAUAACAGCUAUAAUACAUUGUCUGAUUGACAAUGUCUCAACAGCUCCCUCAGCAGACAACAUAUGCUUGUGUGUUUCAUACAAUCCCUCAAAGAUGAACACCAAGCUAUUUUACAUUUUAUAUAAAGGCAUUUUGAGAUUUAGUCAACACUCUUCAAUCUUCUUCAAUCUUGCAACAGAUAGAUUUAACCGGAUGCCUUUUAUUAUUCCUCUCUAAAAAUAACUAUAAUACUCUGAACUGUAAGGCUGGGGCAUGAGAAUGAAGUUAGCAGAUGCAGAGAAAUUAGAUGGUAACUACUCACUGGUAUUUAAAUAAUCCAAAGUACAAUGAGUGAUUGGCUUUAAAUUGGACGUCAUUAUGUCAGAUUCUUUUUACACCAAUUGCAGAGCUCACACAUUCAGGGAUACCUUUGCAUGUGUAUGUAUGAAUGUAUAAAUGUAUGUACUAUUUGUACAUAAUGCCACUCAGGAAAAGUGUUGUGAUACGUCGGGCAUUAUACUAAAU